UCCCUCUCCUCUUCUCCCAGUCGGUCAGUACAUGCUGCUGGACUCUUUUUACACCAUCGCUGGUGCUGCAGUCCAGUUCUGGAGUCCCUCGGUCCAGUCUUCUGGCUGCCUGAGUCUCUCCUUUAGAUACUACAUGUACGGCACGGCCACAGCCAUGAAACUGAGCGUGAGGACAAGCGAGCAAGGAGCCGCUCUGGGGCCGAACCUGUUCGCUCUGACUGGGAACCAGGGACAGGGCUGGAAGCUGGCGGAGGUUCGAUAUCCAUCAGUAGAGAACGUGGCGGUGCAGUUUGUGAUCAUCGGUGUGUACGGAGAGACGGACCAGACUGACAUUGCCAUCGACGCAGUCUGCAUUAACACCUGCCCAGCUGAACCUUCCCCAACAACCACAAAACCCACAACCCAGUCCAUUGCAACCACCAGCAAACCAGCCACUCCUUCAACAGGGCCGGCAUCCACCACCAAAUCAACCACGACCCAGUCCACUGCAACGAGCAAACCAGCCACUCCUUCAACAGGGCCGGCAUCCACCACCAAAUCAACCACAACCCAGUCCACUGCAACGAGCAAACCAGCCACUCCUUCAACAGGGCCGGCAUCCACCACCAAAUCAACCACAACCCAGUCCACUGCAACGAGCAAACCAGCCACUCCUUCAACAGGGCCGGCAUCCACCACCAAAUCAACCACAACCCAGUCCACUGCAACGAGCAAACCAGCCACUCCUUCAACAGGGCCGGCAUCCACCACCAAAUCAACCACGACCCAGUCCACUGCAACGAGCAAACCAGCCACUCCUUCAACAGGGCCGGCAUCCACCACCAAAUCAACCACAACCCAGUCCACUGCAACGAGCAAACCAGCCACUCCUUCAACAGGGCCGGCAUCCACCACCAAAUCAACCACAACCCAGUCCACUGCAACGAGCAAACCAGCCACUCCUUCAACAGGGCCGGCAUCCACCACCAAAUCAACCACAACCCAGUCCACUGCAACGAGCAAACCAGCCACUCCUUCAACAGGGCCGGCAUCCACCACCAAAUCAACCACAACCCAGUCCACUGCAACGAGCAAACCAGCCACUCCUUCAACAGGGCCGGCAUCCACCACCAAAUCAACCACAACCCAGUCCACUGCAACGAGCAAACCAGCCACUCCUUCAACAGGGCCGGCAUCCACCACCAAAUCAACCACAACCCAGUCCACUGCAACGAGCAAACCAGCCACUCCUUCAACAGGGCCGGCAUCCACCACCAAAUCAACCACAACCCAGUCCACUGCAACGAGCAAACCAGCCACUCCUUCAACAGGGCCGGCAUCCACCACCAAAUCAACCACGACUAGAACCACCACUAAGCCCACCAGCCCCCCUGUGGUGUGCCCCCCAAAUUCUCACUACCAGACCUGCGGCCCGGCCUGCAUACCCACCUGUGAGAUGCCCCAGUUUAACUGCACUGGCUCCUGCAUAUCGGCAUGCUUCUGUGACCCGGGGUACCUGUACCGGGGUCGGAGGUGUGUGCCAGUGGAGAAGUGUGGCUGCUUCGACAAGAAGGACCAGUAUGUGGAGCCGGGUCACAUGAUCUUCGGUGACGGCUGCUCGGAGGUGUGCCGUUGCCUUGGUAACUACACGCUGGAGUGCACGAGCAACGCGUGUGAGGCGACAGAAGAGUGUCGCGAUGUCAACGGAGUGCCGGCCUGCUACCCCAAAGAUUCAUCCACCUGCGUCGUGUCAGGUGACCCUCACUACACAACCUUUGACCGGCGGCGCUAUGACUUCAUGGGGAACUGCAGCUACGUCCUAUCACAGCCCUGCAAUGCCAGCGUAGCCCUGCCCACCUUCACCGUGUCCGCCAGCAACGAGCACCGCUUCGGACAGACGCGCAUCUCUUACCUGCGCGCCGUUCACGUGGAAACCAAGGGCGUCGUGGUAACCGUGCUGAAGGGACGCGCAGUGCAGGUUAACGGAACAAGCGUGAACAUUCCGGUAAGCCCCGCCCCCGGGGUGUCAGUCUUCAUGUCAGGGAAGCACGUUGUCGUGGAAACGGAUUUCGGAUUGACAGUGCGCUACGAUGGGAAUCACUUUGCAGACAUCAAAGUGGUCAGCGACUACAAAGGGGAGCUGUGCGGACUUUGUGGAGACUACAAUGGGGACCCCAAAAAUGACUUCAGGAGACCGGAUGGUGUGCUGGUGCCGGGGGCGACCGAUUUCGGGAACAGCUGGAAUGUCCUGACCAACUGCACCGCCAGCCAGGGAGAGACUGUCCCACAAUGCACUGAGGAGGAUGAGGAGCUUUACAAAGGCCCCACCUACUGUGGAAUGCUAUUGGAUCCCAAGGGGCCCUUCGCUGCCUGUCACACCAAGAUCAGCCCCAAUAGUUUCUUUGCGGACUGCCUCUUCGAUGUGUGUGCGCUGGGCGGGGCGCAGCCCCCUCUCUGUGAGGCGCUGGAGUCCUACAUGAACGAGUGUCAGGAGAGAAACAUCUCCAUCCCAGCCUGGAGGAACCACAACUUCUGCCCUCUGCAGUGCCCCUCGAACAGUCACUACUCCCCCUGCGCCUCCCCCUGCCCCCCCUCCACCUGCCUGCCCCCCGCCCCCCAGGCCUGCCAGCGCCCCUGUGCGGAGGGGUGUCAGUGUGACCUCGGAUUCGUGCAGAGCGCAGGGGGGUGCGUGAGGCAGGAGUCCUGUGGCUGCACCUACAAUGGGAAUUACUACCAGCCGGGGGACGAGUUCUUCGGUCCGGAGUGCCUCUCCCGGUGUCGCUGUGAGAUGAGCAACGUGACCUCGUGUCAGCCCUGGAUGUGCUCGGAUCAGGAGCUCUGCGGGGUGGUGAGCGGAGAGCUGGGCUGCCAUCCCACAGGUUCGGCCUCCUGCUUUAUUUCCGGGGACCCCCACUACAUGAGCUUCGACGGCAGGCUCCUCAGCUUCAUGGGCACCUGCACCUACACGCUGGCCAGGACCUGCAAGAACAGCACAGGCCCCUGGUUCUCAGUGGAAGGGAAGAACGAGGAGAGAGGCGUGCAGGGCGCCUCCUACCUGCGCAAACUCUACAUUACAGUGGGAGGAGCCUCCGUCACGCUGAUGAAGAGCCAGCGCACCCUGGUGAACGGUGUGAGGGUCAGGCUGCCUCACUCCCCUCUGCCCUCGGUCUCUAUUUCUAUGACUGGUCAGUAUGUGGCGGUACGGACCACCUUCGGGCUGACAGUGCGCUGGGACGGCAAUCACUACGCUGACAUCACCGUGCCCAGCUCGUAUUUUGGGGCUCAGAUGUGUGGGCUGUGUGGGAACUACGAUGGUGAUGGAACCAAUGACUUCAUGAAGCCAGGAGGGGGGCAGGCGGGGAGCCCGGACGAAUUCGGGAACAGCUGGCAGACUGAGCAAGACGAGGACAAAGAUUGCCGCCCAGACAAUGAGACUGACCCCCCCUGCGACCCCAAGCUCCAGGGCACAGUGUCGAGCCCAGAGAACUGCGGCAGGAUCAACGACACCCAGGGACCAUUCAGGGACUGUAUCUCAGUGGUGGAUCCCCGCUCCUAUCUCCAGAGCUGUGUGUAUGACGGACUGGACUGUAUCUCAGUGGUGGAUCCCCGCUCCUAUCUCCAGAGCUGUGUGUAUGACAUGUGUCGCUAUGAAGGGCUGCACCAAGCUCUCUGUGAUCAGCUCCAAGCCUACACUGCUGCCUGCCUGUCCGCAGGGGCCCCCGUGCACAACUGGAGGGGCCCCAGCUUUUGCCCGUUCACUUGCCCCCCAGACAGUCACUACUCUCUGUGUGCGAGCGUGUGCCCCCAGUCCUGCCCUGGGACAGCUCCCCCUGCUGGCUGCUCCGAGGUGGGGUGUGUGGAAGGGUGUGAGUGUGACCCCGGGUUCCUGCUCAGCGAUGGACGCUGUGUCCCUCUGUCCAACUGCGGCUGUGUGGACAAGGAGGGGAGCUAUCACCUGACGAACGAGACCUGGCUCCUGCCCGGCUGCUCCCAGCGCUGCUCCUGUUUGGGUCAGAACCGGAUUGAGUGCGAGGAGACGAGCUGCACUGGAGCCCAGACCUGCGAGCUGCAGGAUGGGGAGUACGGCUGCCAUGGCCUGGAUCGCCAGAGCUGCUCUGUGUCGGGAGACCCUCACUACACCUCGUUCGACCGUGCGCUGCAUCACUUCCAGGGCUCCUGCUCCUACACCCUCUCCCAGCCCUGCAACACCUCCUCCAGCUUACCAGACUUCAGCGUGGUGACGGAGAACGAGCGCCGUGGUAACAACCAGCAUGUGUCUUACGUGAGAGCCGUCCACCUGAGCGUGGGACAGAGACACAUCACUCUGGCCAAGGGACGCAGAGUCACGGUUGACGGAGUCCGUGUGACCCCUCCACUCCGCCUCCCCGAGGGGGUGACCGUGAGGCUGGGCGGGGCCUUCGUUUCCGUGGAGACAGACUUCGGGCUGUGGGUGCGAUUUGACGGCAAUCACCAUGCCGAUGUGUCCGUGCCGUCCUCGUACCACGGGCUGCUGUGUGGGCUGUGUGGAAACUACAAUGGGGAUCCCAGAGAUGACAACCUGAAGCCUGACGGGCAGCCAGCAGGGGGCAGCGCUGAGCUGGGGGAGAGCUGGCAGGUCCCGGACAACAGGACAGAGUGCUCACAUGAUGGGGGCGUGGAGUCGUGUGACCCGAAGGUCGAGAGCGAGGCGAAGAAGCCCACCAGCUGUGGCAUGAUCACAGACCCCACAGGCGUGUUCCAGCCGUGUCACUCGGCAGUGGCCCCUGGCGUGUUCCUGGAGAGCUGCAUGUAUGAUGCGUGUGCAACAGGAGGUGGCGCCGUGGAGCUCUGCCAGGCUCUGCAGAGCUACGCUUCCCUCUGUGCCCAGGCGGGCAUCACCAUCUCCUGGAGGAAUAAGACAUUCUGUCCUCUCUCGUGCCCGGCUGGCAGUCACUACACCCCCUGUGGCUCUUCCUGCCCCACCAGCUGCGUGGACCCCGGCGCCCCCAAUGCUUGCCCUCUGCCCUGCGUGGAGGGGUGCCAGUGUGACCCCGGCCUGGUGCAGAGCGGGGAUCGCUGCGUCCCCUUCUCCCAGUGUGGCUGUCAGGACCAGAACAACUACCACCCAGUAGGAGACAGCUGGUUCCCUGCUCUUGACUGUUCCCGACGCUGCACCUGCUCAGCUCCCAACACCAUCACCUGCCAGGACUGGCAGUGCAGCCCUGCAGAGACCUGCUCGAACCAGGAGGGGGAGCUAGCGUGCCACUCGACAGGGGGCGCAGUGUGUCACGUUGCGGGCGACCCUCACUAUUACACCUUCGAUCGGGAGAUGCACACCUUCAUGGGCACGUGCACGUACACGCUGGUGGAAGUGUGCAACACCAGCCUGGUCACUCCGCUCACUAUCACAGCCAAGAACGAGGAGAGAGGUCAGCCUCUGGCUUCCUACGUGCGGUCAGUCAGUGUGGCGAUCCACGGGACCACAGUCACUCUGAGCAAGACCAGGAGGAUACUGGUGGACGGUCUUCGGGUGCGGCCCCCCCUCUCUGGCAGCAUCCCGGGGGUGUCCCUGUUCACCAGCGGGGUGUACGCAGUGCUACAGACGGAUUUCGGGGUCACUGUGCGGUUCGAUGGGGUUCACCAUGCUGAGAUCUUCCUGCCAGGGUCUUAUUACAACAAGGUUUGCGGACUGUGUGGGAAUUACAACGCGGACCCUCGGGAUGACAAUCUGAAGCCAGACCGGACCCCCGCGAAGGACGUGGUCGAGUUGGGGAACAGCUGGAAAGCAGAGGGGGACAGCGACCCGGGCUGCCAGCCCGAUGACCGUGAGAAUCUGGAACCCAAGUGUACCCCAGGGGAGGAGUCUCGGUACAACGCCCUGUGCAUGGAGCUGAUAUUUGCCGAUCGCUUCCGGCCCUGCCACGCCCUGUUAGACUUCGCCCCCUUCCUGCAGAACUGCAUCUUCGACCUGUGCGAGUUCCAGGGCAUGCCGAUCACGCUGUGUGACAACGUGGAGGCUUACGCGCAGGCGUGCCAAAGCGAGGGGGUGACAGUGAGCUGGAGGAAUGAGACUUUCUGCCCUCUGCCCUGCCCCUCUCACAGUCACUACACCCCCUGCUCCCCCCCAUGCCCCCCCUCCUGUGCGGACCUGUUUGGGGGUUCUGGCUGUGCUCCCCUCGGGGGGAGCUGUGUGGAGGGGUGCCAGUGUGACCCCGGGUUCGUUCUGAGCGACGGCCAGUGUGUGGCGCUGGAGAGCUGUGGCUGCAUCGACUCCAACGGGGAGUAUCACAACGUGGGGGAUUCCUGGCUGACCAAUCACUGUGCAGAGCAGUGCCGCUGUGAACGGGGCGGGGCUCUGCAGUGCAAGCCCUUCCAGUGCAGCGAUAGGUCGGUCUGCGCACUCAACAGUGACGGGAUUCGCUACUGCAAACCAGAGAAGUUCGACUCCUGCAGUGUUUCAGGCGACCCUCACUAUCGCACCUUCGACAAGUUCAGCCACCACUACCAGGGCGCGCACACCUACACCCUUGUGCAAACCUACAACCUGCCCGACUCUCUAGCUCCCCUCACUGUCCGGAGCAGCACACGAACGAGGUUUACAUCGAGUGUACGGGGUAGCGUGAGGCUGCUGCAGGGCAGGAGGGUGGUGGUGAAUGGAGAGAGUGUGCACGUCCCCUACCAACCCCUCGAGGGACUGCGUCUGUCUCUGAAGGCAAAGUCCGUCCAGCUGGAGACUGACUUCGGACUGAGGGUGAACUUCGACGGGAAAGAUAAUGCAGUGGUGGUCCUGCCCAGUACGUAUCGCGCGUGGGUUCGAGGGCUCUGCGGAAACUACGACGGAGUCAAAAACAACGAGUACAUGAGACCCGACGGGAGCCUGACCCGGAACCUGAACGUGUUCGGAGACAGCUGGAGCGCGAGCGACAGGAACAUAAGGGAGAGAGGACCGGGGCCUGCAGUACCACUCAGAACCAGGCGUGAUGUCGAGGCCCCCCCAGACUCAGGGUUUGAGACAGAGGGCUGCACCCCCUCCCAGCUUCAGCUGAUGAGCGGACCAGAGCGCUGUGGGGCGAUGGAGGACCCCGCGGGACCUUUCAGGGACUGCCAUGGGACCAUCCCACCAGCUGAGAACUGCGUGUUUGACCUGUGUGCUGAGCAGGAUGACCCCUCCCUGCGCUGCCUCAGCUACGAGACCUACGCUCUGAGCUGCCAGGAGAGAGGAGUGAAGCUGGGAGCCUGGAGACAGGAGCUUGGCUGUGGUCUGAAGUGCCCCCUCCACAGCACCUACACCCCCUGCAUGCCGGCCUGCCCCCCAUCCUGCGCCGACCUGGCUGCUCCCUCCGAGUGCGACACCCCCUUCUGUCAGGAAGGCUGCCAGUGCGACGCUGGCUUCGUGCUGAGCGGAGAGGACUGUGUGCCCUACAGCCAGUGCGGCUGCACCUUCCAGAACAAAUACUACCUGAUCUCGAGCUGCACCUGCACAGCUACAGGAUCUGUAUGCAAGGAGAAGGGCUGCGGAGAGAGUGAGGUGUGCACUGUGUACAACUACACCAGGGACUGCUACCGAGCGAGCGCGUGUCUCAGUGAUCCCUGUCUCAACGGGGGCGUCUGCCAGGACACGCAGGAGGCCAGAGCCGGGUUCCAGUGCCACUGUCCCGAAGGAUUCCAGGGCACGCUGUGCGAGGUGGAGAAGACUUCCCAGGAAAACGACCAUACUCUGGCGAUCAUACUGGGAGUGCUGGUUCCUCUGCUGGUCAUCGUGAUCGUGCUGUUGUCUGUCUGCAUACACAACCGCAGGAAGAAGAGUGAUUCCCUCCCGGUGAACACAGACCUGUGCAGGCUGGAUAAUAUGAACUACGAUCCACAAGGAAACAAGAUCACCAAGUUCUGAGACUCAAAGACAAGGAGCUGCUGACUGAAGAACUGAGAGAGACACAAAGAGACAGAGACACACACACACAGAGACACAGACAGAGACACAGAGAUGCAUAGAGAG